GCCGCUGUCUGCAGCCCUGCACACGCACACACACGCACACACACACGCAGGUUCCCACGCGCCAAGGACGAGCAGCCCACCAGCCGGAGUCAGUCCACCGGGCCUGGGGCGAAUCCACAACCGAACCACCGCCGAGCCUGCGUCAAGAUGUACCACUCUGACCACGGUGUAGACUUCCUCCAGCUGCCUGGCUGCCCUCCAGCGCAGGGCCCAGCCUCCAGGGUGUGAACACGAGCCUCAUCCUGCACCCACAUCCCCGGGUCUCUGCCGCAGCGCCCGCCACCGCCUCCUCAACCAUGGACAGCCCUCCUAAACUGUCUGGGGAGACGCUGAUUGUGCAUCACAUCCCUCUGGUGCACUGUCAGGUGUCUGCAGGUCGGCAGGGGAGCUGCGGGGCCUCCCUGAAGAGGAGCAACCCGUUCAGCCCGCCGGAGAACCUGGGCCUGAGCCGCACCACCUCGCUCCCUGAGAGAGAUGUGCUCCAGAGAGAGGCGCUGCUCUACAGCAGCCUGAUCCAGACCUCCAGCGGCUCCUGGGCCUCCCACAAUGGAGGGCGGGAGAGAAAGGGUGGUGGGAGAGGAGGCAGCACGGCGAGCGAUGACUCGUCCUUCACCUCCAGCAACUCAGAGGAGCAGAUGAUGAUCACAGCUCACACGUUGCCCAGAGCCAAACCCCGAAACAGGAAUCCGCUGCGGCGUAAUCCAUUCCUGCUCAAUGCUGAGGAUGAUGAGGAGGAAGAGGAGGAGGAGGAUGGGGACAACCUCAGCGGUUACCUUGAGGAUUCCUCCUUUCACCUCCACAGUGACACUAACUGUGCCCUGGACGACGGCACCGCCUCCUUCCACCUGCACGAGCUCGGCUUCGCCUCGGAGCCCUUUCUGCUGCACGGCUCAGCGGGGGGCGGCAGCCGCGAGUCGCUGAGGGGCAUCGGCUUCUCCGACCUGGACUUUUUAGGACUGGAGCGACAGCGCCGCCACGGCAGCAGCUGCUCCAACAUGUCCGUGGACUGGGGCGAGGACGAGGAGGAGGAUCAUCCCAUGCGAUGCGGGCGAAGCAGCAAGACGGGCUCCUCCUCGUCCAGCUCCUCCACCAACCACUGCUCCUGCUGCGCCCUCUCUCACAACCACCCCCAGCGCUUCCCCGAAGCCUUCUCGGAGCCCUUCUCCGAGUGCCACCAAGGCUACGGCAGCGACUCGUCCUGCAACAGCUCGGACGGGGUCCUCGUCAACUUCAGCGCCAUUUACAACAAGAUGAACAACGGCGUCGCCGAGAAGCCGCUGUCUGGGAGCACCAACCUCAACAGCUCCACCGACCACUCCUGCACCUCCUCCGUGUCCGAGGCGCCCGGGAACAGGACAGACUGUGGAACGGCCGGGGCCUUCUACCUGGACCUCCACUCCUCCCCGACGGAGCCCCCCCUCACGCAGCAGCAGCCCUCCUGCGUCGGCAGCGCCUUCCCUCGCGUCCGUGAGCCCCACCUGUCGUCCUCCUCCACCUGCUCCUGCUCCGUGGAGCACCAGGGAGCUCUUGACCUGGACGCCAACUGCAACUCCUACCACCCUCUGCAUUCCGGCUCUUCUGGGGACCUCGCGUCCUGCCUGCAGAGCCAGGCCCGCCUCGUCGUCGCUACCCAAAACUACUACAAGCUGGUCACCUGCGACCUUUCGUCCCAGUCGUCUCCAAGUCCGGCAGGCUCGUCCGUCAACAGCUGCUCCGAUGAGCACGGCAAGGGCAGCCCCACCCCGACUCAGCCCAGCGAGUACUUCCUGUUCAGGCAGCGAGCUGAUGAGGAGGGCAUUGAGGAGGAGGAGGAGGAUGGAGAGGCGUCCAGGCGAGACGAUGACGAUGAUGAGGAUGAAGAGGAGGAUGAGAGGAAGAGGAGUGAGCAGCAGGCACCUGGCGGUGGCGCUGAGGGUGCGGCGGCUCUGAUCCAGGGCCAGGUGUACGUCAACCUCUCCCCUCCUGACGCCCGGGCAGUGGCUGAAGGCGGAGCCUCUUCAGGAACUCGUCCGCGCUCUCGCAGCUACGACCGCAACCUGGACAAGUCCCCGCCCCCUCGGCUCGGCUCUCUGGAGCGCAUGUUGAGCUGCCCGGUCCGGCUCAGCGAGGGCGGCGCCGCCCCGGCUCCGCCCCCUCCUCCUCGAGUCACCUCCUUCGCGGAGAUCGCCAGGAGUAAAAGACGAAACGGAGGCGCAGCCGGCGGGUCGCCCUCCACGAAAGCAGCCGCAGACCUGUGCUCCUCCACCCACUCCCACUCCUCCGUGGAUUUCUCUCCGAUCCCAGAGCAGCGCGUGGAGGCCGACUGCGAGAGUCCGCCCCCCGUCCCGUUCACCAGGUGUUACAGCCAAGGCAGCAUGGAGCGACACCUGGAGGGGGCGAGGGAGCCGCGCGCCCAUGCUGAAGGCGGCCUCUCCUCCGCUCACGGACGCCCAGCUGUGGUGCGCUACACCAAGGAGCAGCGCCCCACCACGCUCCCCAUCCAGCCCUUCACCUUCCACCACCAGUUCGCCUCCAAACCCCCGCAGCCCAAGCCCCUGCUGCCGCUGCUCUCUGGACCCGCCUCUGGUAUGCAGGCCCGCUCCAGCUCCAGCUCCAGCUCCAGCUCUGGUUCCGGUUCUGGAGGUCCGGUGGGAGCGGAGAGCGAGGCUGCGUCUGCCAGCCGGCUGCAGGGGCCGGUGGGGGCUUCAGCACCUCCUCCCGGCUCCGUUCGGCCUUCGCCGCUGGGGAGCUACUCCCCGGUCCGCCUGCAGGGGGCGCCCAGCUCUGGAACCUGCUCCACCUGCACGCCCAGCCCUCAGCCCCCCCACAGCCGCUCCUGCCCCCUCUCUGCCGGCCUCGGCCCGGCCCAAAGCCCAGCGGCAGGGAAGCAGAAGGAGGCCUCGCUGCCCCGCACUCCUCCUCCUCCUCCGUCCUUAGGGGCCAAGAGAGGCCUGGUUCCGCCCCUGUUGCCAGCUGUGCAGGGCCACUGCUUCCAUCAUGGAGCUCUGCCCAGUUUACCAGCUCUACACAGUGACGCGCUGAGCCCCACUGGGGCCCGGACACACAAUGCGCAUCACCUCUCCCCUCAGGCUCUCAAAUGGAGGGAGUACCGGCGACGAAACCCGCUCGGGGUGGAGCGGGUGUGUGGGUCAGCGCCGCUGUCUGCCAGCCUGGAGCCCAGGAGGGGGGGGGGCCCGCGGGGGGCCAGGCGCAACGUCUUCGAUUUCCCCUCCGCUCCCUCCAACCACACGGGCGGACGACCCAAUGCAGCUGGACCCUCGGCUAAGCUGCAGCAGAGCCACGACUUCCUGCCCGACUACUUCUCGCUGACAGAGAAGCCGCCGGAGGAGUUCUGCCUCUCCCCCGAUGCCUCCACCUCGUCCUCCUGCUCGUCCUCACAGUCCCACAUCUCCGUGGAUCUCGCUCAGAAGAGAGGUCUGGUGAAAGCAGUCAACACGGCUGUGGAUCUGAUUGUGGCGCACUUCGGAACCAGCCGGGACCCAGAUGUGAAGGCCAAGCUGGGGAACAGCUGGGUGAGCCCCAACGUGGGCCACCUCAUCCUGAAGUACCUGUGUCCGGCCCUGCAUGAGGUGCUGCAGGACGGGCUGAAGGCCUACGUUCUGGACCUGAUCAUCGGUCAGCGGCGCUGCCGGCCCUGGAGCCUGGUGGAGGCGUCCACGCAGCUGGGCCCGUCCACACGUGUCCUCCACAGUUUGUUCAGCAAAGUGAGCCAGUUCUCGGAGCUCACCAGCCACAGCAUGAGACUGAACGCCUUCAUCCUGGGCCUGUUGAACCUGAAGUCUCUGGAGUUUUGGUUCAAUCAUCUCUACACACAUGAAGACAUUAUAGCCUCUCACUACAGCCAGGGGGGGUUCCUCCCCCUGUCGCAGGGGCCCUGCCGGCCCCUGUUUGAGGAGCUGCUCCUCCUGCUGCAGCCUCUGUCGCUCCUCCCCUUCGACCUGGAUCUUCUGUUCGAGCCGCAUCUCCUCCAAAAAGGCCAGGAGCAUCUGCGCCGCAAGGAGCAGCUGUGCUCUGCAGGCCACAGCCUCCACCAGUCCACCCGCUCCACCUUCCAGCUCAUGAGAGGCUGGAGCGCCACCGUGAGCGAAAUGGUCAGGGAAGAACGGGGGGGGGUCAGACGGGAGGGAACGUGGCCGAGGACGGAAGGAGUCGGGUCCCGAAAAGAUGGAGCGGCAGGAAAACCGAGGGUGAGGAGCGAGAGCGUGUCUGUCAGACAGGAGGCGGUGGAAGCAGGGUUUGCUGAUGUGUGGAGGGAAAGGGGCGCGAGCGGGCAAAGAGUGAAAGGCGUGGGGCAGGAGAGCCACGGAGAAGGCCAAGACCGACGAGGCGAGGACAGGAGCAGCCACAGAGAGAAGGACGCGGGGCGCCAGCGCCACCACAGGCAGGCGGGCUGGUGGUACCAGCUGAUGCAGUCCUCACAGGUCUACAUCGACCAGUCCACAGAGGGCUCCAAGUUCGUCAAGGCGGACAAGAGGAAGAAGUCCUCCGAGAGGCGCCACGGCCACGCCCCCCCCGCCAGGGAGGGCGUGGUGGAGGGGGCGGAGUCAGGCCACGAGGGCGGCGACCACACAAGCGCAGGGAGCAGCGGCAGCUCCGGACCCAGGGGACGGCCCUCCUGGAUGGGGAGCCCCCCGGAGUCGGUUCUGAACCAGGACCAGGACCCGAAGCCUGCAGAGCCGCCCGGCACCGGCACCGGCACCGGGGCCCAGAGCCCCUCGCACGGCCAGAGUUUACGCUGGGGCCGGCUCUUCGGGUCCACCGUGGGCUCGUGUUCCAGAGCAGAGGGGGCGGAGCCGCGGGCGAAGGCAAAGGCGAAGGCUCCAAAGACCAGGCCCCCGUCGGACUGGCUCGGUCUGGAUAGGUCCGUUCUCGAUCUCGUGGGUCAGACCAUUUUAGCAGGGAGCGGGAGGAAGGCGGAGCCUCAGGCCACGCCCCCACAACCCCAAAACACGGAGCCCAGACUGCCCCCAUGUCGGGUGCGGACGUUGUGCCAUCACAUCGCCACCGAACCCGGGCAGCUGAGCUUCAACAAGGGCGACGUCAUGCAGGUCCUGAGCAAGGCCGACCCGGACUGGCUGCUGUGCUCGCUGGGCUCCACCCAGGGCCUGGUCCCCAUCAUCUACGUCACGCUGAGCAGCGCGGAGGACGUCCGGCGAUCGGCCGGACCGAAGCUCUGAGCACAACAUGAUACUGACGAAGAGGAGGAGGAGGAAGAGACCUGGAGACGCGUCAAGAAGCCCGUGGUUCCUGCUGACGCGGAGGAGCAGCUCUGACCACAGAUGAUGAACAGGCACAAGGCCACAGCCGUGGAGGUGGAGGGCGCGCGUGCAUGCAUCCACCCACCUCCGCCUCCACCUCCACCCCCGCUGGGCCACAUGUGACUGCUCCAUUCACCUCACUGCUCUGUUCACCUGAGCCCCCUCGCACUCACCGCUUCACUGUAUGUGAGUGGGUUGUGAUCCAGCAGGUUACUGUAACGCGUGAGCAGCUCAAUGGUUGAAGCCUUUGAUUCCUCAGCAGCCGAACCCAUGCACGGACUGACGGACACACUGACGGACAAACUGCCUUCUACUCCGGACUUUGCACACGGGCGCCGCCGCAGCGACAGCCGGACGUCGGCCUUGUUCAAGUGCACGUGAACUCCCACAAACAUCGUCUCUUCCACAGUCCGUUUGCGUUCACUGCUUCAGGAUCCCACUUGUACAUGUGCAUUCGAUCGGCUGCUUUCUCCUGUAAAUGCGUGAUGUAUUUAUUUAUUGACCAGUUCAGUCCCUGAGAGAAGCAUCGGUUGCUGAAUGCAGGGAAGAACGUCGCCACCGUGGAGAUGAUAAAUAUUAUUAAAGUGGUGAAGGAAAAACACUUCGAGGAUCUAAUAUUUGUGCAGUAUAUUUUGUAUGCGCUUCGGCUGCAGUCCCCAGAGAAAGGGUGUGUGGUUCCAGGGAGACGGGGCUCUGAGGGCAGGUCAGGUCCCACGGCCGGCGCCCAACGUGGCCUCAGCUCUAGAACGAGCAGCGCCUGCGUGGAUGAGGGGACCACACGUCCAUUCAGUGAAGAAAAGCCUGCUGUAGAUUUGGGAAAUCUGGCGUAGGACUAAUUUAAAUGAUUCUUUUUUUCUUUUGUGUUGCAUUUUUGUACAGUUUUCGUUUUGAAUGUAUGAUUAUAACACAACAUUUGAACAAAAUGAUCCAUAACUGAUUCUAACUAAAUUGUAAAUAUACUUAACCUCGUCCCUCCACAGAUCCGUACGUAGGAAUGUCAUUGAAGCGUUUAUGUUGAGCAUUUAGCCUCAGCGCUAACAACCUGCUAGCUCGAAUCCCAGCCAGUAGUCGUUCACGUGGGACAAGCGGUCGGAGACGUGGAGGCUCAAGGUCCGAAGCGAAUGCCGUUUGCUUUUGAAUUGUUUGAUGCAGUGAAAUGUGGAGCUAAACGCUAACGUCGUAGGAGUGAUGUGUCAGAGACGUCUGCUUUGUCCUCCUGCCUGUAAAUACCUCCAGCAGCUCUGCUCCGCUCUCUGUCCGGCCUAUAUGACGUGUACGUAUGACAUUAUGAAACUACUAUGGAUGUUAAACAACAAAGUGCUCUGUGAUCACACA